AUGGAGGAAGUCAGCGACCCUUUCAACCUCACAUCCCGACGACGCGAACACGUAACGAAAGAACAAAUCAAGAACGAUUAUCCACAAGGCGAUGCCCGCUUGCUUCGAAAGUUCUAUACCCGACAAAACAAGCUUAUAGACCAAUUUCUUGGCGUUGAUGAUGAAGAGAGGGCCCAGGCCGAGGAAGAGGCUCGAGUAGCAGGCAAGAUCAAGUUUGCAGUCAAUGCAUCCUUUGUGGUCAACUUUUGCCUCUUCGUCAUUCAGUUGUACGCGGCUAUCUCAACGGGAUCAUUGGCGCUAUUCGCAACAGCAGCAGAUGCAUUUAUGGACCUUGUCUCUUCCUUUGUGAUGCUCAUUACCUCCCGGCUAGCGGCUCGUCCAAGCAUCUAUAAAUACCCUGUCGGUCGGACGCGGAUUGAAACCAUUGGAGUCAUCCUUUUCUGCGCCCUAAUGACAACAGUCGCGGUCCAGCUUUUGAUCGAAUCAGCCAGAACCUUGGGUACUGGCAAGACUGAGUCUGAGGAGCUUCACUUGAUUCCAAUCAUAUUUGUUUGUGUUGCUAUCUUCAGCAAGGCAUCUCUUAUGCUAUAUUGCAUGACGUACCGCAAGUAUCCGUCGGUCCAUGUGUUCUUCAUUGAUCACCGCAACGACAUUGUCGUUAACAGCUUUGGUCUCAUAAUGUCGGUUGUAGGUGACAAGUUCAUCUGGUAUCUGGACCCUAUUGGUGCUAUCUGCAUCGCACUUCUGAUCCUUUUCUCAUGGAUCUCCAAUGCUUUUGAGCAAAUAUGGCUACUGGUCGGCAAGGCAGCGCCUCAAGAGUUUAUUGCCAAAUUGAUCUACAUGAGCAUAACACAUGAUGACCAGAUCUCCAUGGUUGAGACCUGCCGCGCGUAUCAUGCUGGACAAAAGUAUUAUGUCGAGGUAGAUAUAGUCAUGGAUGAGCAAACAUCACUCAAGAUCAGCCAUGACGUUGCUCAGUCACUGCAGCGAAAGAUUGAAGGGCUUGGUGAUGUUGAGCGGGCGUUUGUUCAUGUCGAUUAUGAGUGUGAACACAGCAUCCACGAAGAGCACAAGCCACUUUAUGAUAGGAAGUUUUAA